CAUGGGGUGCAGCAGACUGAAGCCGGGCAGAAGGACGUUGUUGGAGUUAAUCCUCCUCGCCAGCAGGGGCGCUGUUCGAACCCCCGCGUCGGACACGGAAUAAAAACAAACCUGGUCGGGAAACAUGAGGCUCGUAGUGGAAACCUAGUGUCGCUUUGCUUGGCUACGUCAAAAUGAACCUUAUGAGAUGGGUGCCGGAGUGAGAAUUAGAAAUUGCUGUGCAGAUGUUUACCUGUUACCCUUAGAUAGUCCAUUUCAGCUCUCCUCACCGGCUGGGUGUCUGUCAAAGUCUGGGAGGAGUAAUAUAUUAAAGCUGAAAGAUAUAAUAUAUUGUAAUACAUUAACGUUGAGAGAAAAUAUAAAGUCCGUUCGCACCGAGCUGUGAGUGGAGUGCUCGCUUGUCUCUGGUCGUGGAGAAAGAUGCGCCAUGCCCGGACCGUGCGAGAGGCAGGGGGGUGACGCGACCAGCGGAGCCGAGUGAGAGGCGAGGAGAGGAACCCGAUAAACUCCGGGGAACCGCGGAGAGCAUGGCCGAGGCGCUGUAUCUGUCCUUCUUCCAGGGCCAGCUGAAGUCGGUGCUGGAGCGGGUGGUGCAGGCGGCGGUGAGGCAGAUCACGGACAGUGUGGGACACAGCCUGGGCGCCCUGCUGCUCCUCAUCGCCAGCACGGAGCAGGAGAACCGCGGACUGAGGCGGCGAAUGCAGACCUGCCGCCCCGGACAGGCGCCUCCUGCGACCCGGGCUGGGGAGACCGAGAGCGCAGCGGCCCCCAGCAAGACGGCAUCGCCUUCAUCGCCGCCAUCCUCCUCCUCGUCGGGCUGUGAGCGCCCCAAGCCCCCAGACACGGAGAGACAGGAGCAGAGAGCCCGGGUGCUGGCCCAGCUGCAGGUGGUGUUGGACCACGUGCUGCAGGCCGCUGCGAGCGAAGUCAGGCAGUACGUGGAGCACACCUUCGACGACCUGCUGAGCGAACUGGCAGCCAAGGAGAGAAAGAACAGGAGCCUGCAGCUGAGGCUCCAGCUGUCCACAGAGGGGGCGGCGGCUGGACCAGAGGACUCGUUACCAACUGCAGGGAGCCCCAGCUCUCCCAGCACUCCCAGUGCAGCCGCCCACUGUCAGAAGGCCGAGACACAGCAGGAGCCGCUGGGCUGUGCUGACCGGGCAGAGAGCGAGGGCACACAGAGAGGGCCCAGUCUGGAAGCAGCUGGAGCUGGAGAGGCCGGCGCUCUCCCUGACACUGGGGAAAGGGCUCCCACUGAGCAGCAGCACUGGGAGCAGGAGUGGGGCUCCAGUCUGAGGCAGGACCCAGAGCCCACAGCUACUGGAGGCAAACAGGGUGAGGAAGAGCGCAGAGGACUGGAGUCUGUCCACAUGGCAGAGGCUGCCACUGGUUGUUGCAGGAUACUGUCCCUCAACAGUGUGGAUCUUGGUUUGAAAUUCUCAGAAUCUGAGAGUCAUAAACAGAAUCACUUCAAACCAGAACAUCACAAUGACUCCAUUAAAACAGAGUACGAACCCAGUCCAGUCACUGAUUUCAUUAAAGUAGAGGUGAGCGGACUGGAGUCUGCAGACACAACAGAGUCAGGUGAGGAGUUUCACAGCCGACUCAGAGGGCACAGAUCUGAAUCCGUGACAAAAGGAUCCAUUAAAUUAGAACCUGAGUCGCUCAUAGAAGUACCAGUUAAAUUAGAACCUGAGUCAGUUACAGAACAAGUCAUUAAAUCGGAGCCCGAGUCCGGUGCUGAAGGCCAGUGUGUCCUGGAGUCUGCGGGCUCAGGAGAGGGGCUCAGUGCAGGGAGUCAGAGCCCUGAACCCUCCAGCACACCCUCCCCCUCAACACCGUUUGUGAGCACCAGCACAGUGGAGACCCCCGGAGACCCUCCGGAGCGCCAACACUGUGCCCAGUGUGGGAAGACCUUCAAAACUGUGAAAUACCUGAAGAGACACCAGCGCAUCCACACGGGAGAGAGGCCCUAUUCCUGCGCCCUGUGUGGGAAGACGUUCGUGGUGCUGGCGGUGCUAAAAACGCAUCAGCGCAUCCACACGGGCGAGAAGCCGUACCGCUGCACGGAGUGCGGCAAGAGCUUCAGGGUGCUGGGGACCCUGAAGACUCACCAGCGGACGCACACCGGGGAGAGGCCCUUCCGCUGCUCCCAGUGCGGGAAGGGCUACGUCACGUCCGCGGGCCUGAAGAUCCACCAGCGCACCCACACCGGGGAGCGGCUGUACGGCUGCGUCCAGUGCGGCAAGAAGUACACCACCGCCAACAACCUCAAGAACCACGAGCAGAGCCACACGGGCGAGCGCCCCUUCGGCUGCGGCCACUGCGGCAAGGGCUUCCGCGCCAAGGCCCGGCUGACCGAGCACCAGCGCAUCCACACGGGCGAGCGGCCCUUCUCCUGCGACCGCUGCGGCAAGGGCUUCCGCGCCAAAGGGCGGCUGACCGAGCACCUGCGCACCCACGCGGCGGAGCGGCCCUUCCCCUGCGCCCACUGCGGCAAGAGCUUCCGGGUCAGGACCCACCUGAAGAAGCACCAGCGCAUCCACACGGGGGAGAAGCCCUACCGCUGCGCCCAGUGCGGGAAGAGCUUCGCCGCCUCGGACAGCCUGAGGGCGCACCAGCGCCUCCACACGGGGGAGAAGCCCUUCGGCUGCGACCGCUGCGGGAGGCGGUUCAUCACGUCCGGCUGUCUGUCAAAGCACCAGAGCGCCCACUCGGCGGAGCGGCCCUGCUGCUGCUCCAAGUGCCUGAAACGCGCCCGGCAGGCUGCGGCGGCGGUGGGGGGAGGAGGAAGAGGAGGAGGGGUGGACGCCGGAGCGGCGCCGCCGGCCUGCCUGCUGCCGAACUUCAUCACCGCCCCGCUGGUGGCAUUGUGGGAAAUCGCACUUCCUGCACAAGAGUCCGCCGUGGGGGAAGUGGCGAGCGAGGGGCUCGUCGACUCUAACGGGGCUCGCUGAGCACCAGCAGGGUCAUGGUGGCUGCCGGCUUUGCUUAGUCUAGCAAAAAUAUUACAAACGAACCUUCUGGACCGAUCCGGGUUCAAGGGCUGACAUUUCACCCACG